UACUAAGUUGAAAGUGUCGAUCAGACGGCUAAUGGAGGCGGGAGAGGAGCUCGGUCGAUGUGUUUAGGCCUGGGACAACAGUUUGAUCUCCACAGGGAGGAAUCGUGCACCGAUGCCCGUUUAAAUGGAUGCUAUGCUUGUGUAGAUGUGACGCUGUGUACGUGGAUGACAUCUAAAUGAAAGCUAACGGCGACAGGAGUGUAAUGCACGCGUUCCUGUGAUGCCCCAGGGUGGGCUGAGCUGGUCGGGGUUGCGAUGCCUUACGUGGACCGACAAAAUCGCAUCUGCGGUUUUCUGGACAUCGAGGAGAUUGAGAGCAGCGGCAAGUUCCUGCGGCGAUACUUCAUCCUGGACACUCAGCAGGGCAACCUGCUGUGGUACAUGGACAACCCUCAGAAUCUGCCUAAAGGUGCAGAGAACGUGGGAUCUCUCAAACUCACCUACAUCUCCAAGGUCAGCGAUGCCACCAAACUCAGACCAAAGGCAGAGUUCUGCUUUGUUAUAAAUGCGGGAAUGAGGAAGUUUUAUCUGCAGGCCAACGACCAGCAGGAUUUGGUGGAAUGGAUCAGUGUUCUCAACAACGCUACCAAGAUUACUGUGCCAAAGCCAGGCGAGGGCCACACCGCCCACACAGAGUUUCCCCAGGAAGGACUUGGAGCCAUGAAACAGGUCUCCUACAAGACUGAGAUUAUAGGAGGAGUCCCUAUCAUCACCGCCACACAGGAGCAGGGCGAGGGGCAGAACGGGGCAGAGCGUGGGGGUUUGAAGCGGGGUCAGAAUCAACUGCCAUACUUCCUGUCCAGGGGAAUGCAGGACCAGGCCAUGAUCAAGGUUGGAUACUGCGUCAAACAGGGAGCCUUGAUGAAGAACUGGAAGAGGAGAUACUUCAUGCUGGAUGAAAACGCUCUGAGCUACUACAAGUCUGACCUGGAAAGGGAGGCUUUGAGAGUCAUCCCAUUGAAGGAGAUUCACAAAGUUCAGGAGUGCAAACAGAGUGAGCUGAUGAUGAGGGACAACCUGUUCGAGAUGGUCACCAGCUCCAGAACCUUCUACAUACAGGCUGACAGUCCAGAGGACAUGCACAGCUGGAUUAAGGCCAUCUCAGGGGCGAUCGUGGCUCAGCGUGGCCCCGGACGCUCGGCUAACACUGAGCACAGUGACCUCUCUUCUGCUUCCACCUGCUGGUACCCCUAUGAGGAACUACACCACCCACAAUCCUCCUCCAGCACCGCCACAACGGGCCCUCAGCCUCACGCUGGACACGCACCACCAGGACAACUUCCUGGGCCUGCUACCGUGGAGGCUAAGCGGCGUCCAGUCGGUGAUGCUGCCCCUCCCCUCGGCGCGCUCCCGCCUGUCACUGCAGGAGACGGUGCGGUCUUCAAAGUAACGGAUGUGAAUGAGUCACCGUGGAAACAACACGGCGAAAUCAACCAGCUGGGCUUUGUUGGUGGCGGGGAGAAGCUGAACACUCGCCCCACUGAGAAUUCUGACCUUAAUGUGACCCUAAUUUGACGAUGACGACCAUGAUGGUGACGAUGAUUGACAAUCUCUAAAGGACACACACACAUAUACUGCACACACUUCUACAUGAGCUCCGUGUGCUGAGGCUGAGUUCUUAAAAACUACCCGACUGGCCAAAUAAUCCUUCAACAAAACUUCCUGGGACCAUUUUCUAUAUGUGUAGAAUAGGACCUUCGUCCUCUGCUGUUUUUUUCCUUCACUUACGUCUUCCUGGUUGUUAUUAACAAAGUAUGGCUCCUGGCAAACAAAAAACAUCUUGUCGUGCAAAAAAACUAACUAAUUGUUAUUGUACAGUGAAGUUUUGUUUCGGUAGGGUGAAACCUGCUCAUUGCGCUGCGAUGGGCGGCUUUCAUGAUUCUUGUAAGAAACAGACAAACCAAAGUUUGUUUUUCUACAGCAGCAGCUCAGAUGUUGCCAGCUGUUUAAACUGUCUGUGUCUGACUCUGCUGAGACACUGACUAAUCCAGCUUCUCAGUUUUAAGACAAUCCCGCUCGAUGUUAUAAACUCUUUAACCCAGAAUUGUCUCUCUCAUCUCCAGUAGAAAGGCUCAUCCUGUCAAACGUGUUUUAGCGAUUUUAGAGCUCCAAAGUCCAGAUUCACUGAGGUUGCAUUUCUGGGGAUGUCUGCACAGUGUUUUCAUCUUAUUUACCAAGAAAUGUACUGCUGUUGUCGUCCCUAAUGUCUCAAAUGUCAGAAUUUCAAAAAUAAGAAGGAAUAAACUUCUUCAAGACAUAAUGAAGGUAAUUAAUGGAUUUAAAAAAGUAUUUUUAAGCCCAAGGGCCUGCUCACACAAGCAUUUAUAACAUGCAGGUUAAUUUCAGUGUAAUCGCUGUGAUUCAUCAGUGGCUUCACUUAUAGAGGUGAAGUUAUUCUGCAUGGAGCUUCUGCAUAGAGUUAAACUUUUGUGAGUUUUGAGACGAUGGUACAUCUCUCUUUUGAAUGCACUCUGGAAACAUAUUCCAUAGUCUGUGAUUGUGCUAACUAGCUUGCUAACUGGUAGGUAGCUUCCUGGUUCCAAGCCAGCUAGUUUAACGGGCUUAAGUGGUACUUUACCGAGCUUCCAGCGCCGCCCUUUCUGCAAGCCACUUUCUGGUCUGCCCGUGCACUAAGAUGCAUUUAGUUCAUAAGCUGAACAUUAAAAGUGAACAUUUGCAAAGUUUAAGUGCUGUUUCACCCAACUGCGGCAUCAUUUUGGGUUUAUUCUUUGUUUUGAUAUCAGGACUGAAAACCUAGUUGGUGUGACUGUGAUUUACUCAGUCUAUAUCUCCAGCAGUGAAUUAUUUAAAUUUACCGUGUACAAAAUUGAUCUCAAACAAAGAGAAGAGAUGCAAAUUUAGAUUGUCAAUCUUUCAACAUUUAAAUUACCAAAGCAGUGCCACGGUACAUGACUUUGAUAAAUAACUUGACAUUGUGCACUUUUCGCUGUGCAAACCACCAGAGAAUCUGAGCUGAGGCUUUUUAAUGUUUAAGAUAAUACGACUUAAAGCAGCAUUAAUAAAAGGACCUGCUGCUGUGGACUGAAGUGUUGAGGAGCUGAUAUUCAUUCUGCUCACCACCUUUACUCACCUCACUCCUGUACAUUCAUUUUACCGCUCCUUUGUAACUCCAUCAGAUGUUGAUGUGUUUGUUUUAGUAGUUUUAGUUUAAAGACGUGGGAGACAAGAAACCAAACUCGUAUUGUGUAUUUUUUGAUCUGUAAAUGUUGUUUUCGGAGCUGCAGGCAGGGUUGGAAGUGUUCUUCCUGUUGGCUCCCAGGCUGCACACUCUUCGUUGGAAACUGGUUGUGGGUGUUUUUUUCUGUUCUGAUGUGCUUUUGAUUAUAUUAUUUACAGUGAUGAGAUGUUUUUGAGGAAAAAGAACUACAUUUAUAUGUUGUUUACUGACUUUUAUAAACACGUGUGCAUACUGCAUGCACACAACCACCCUGCACCCCCACUGCUGUUGUUCCCUGUUAAACGUAAGCUGGGUUAAGUGCCUGCAUUGUUCUUUCUAAAGACUUGAUGAAAUAUGACGAGCUGUUUUGACCCUUUUUAGUGUGUACUUGAUUCUAAGACCAUGGUUCAUCUGUUUAUUAAAAGAUAUUUGAAAAUAA